AUGGUGACAGUGAAAGUGACGGGCUAUGGUGACAGGUGCUGGUCAUCUACAGAGGCGAGCGGCGUUGAAGCAGUUGCACGAUGCUGCGGGAAUGCCCGACGCUCCUGCUGCCUCCUCUUCCGCCUCCUGCUGCCGCUCCUGCUGAUCAGCUGUGACGUCAUGGCUUCAGAGGCAUCGCCCCGCCCCCAUCACCACCCCCGCCCCUCCCCCCCUCCACCCCGGGAGCGAGACCCCAACGCCGACGACUCCUCGGGGUCACGUGACUUUGCCCCCGAUGACGUCAGCAGGGUCACGCCUGUCAAGAGGCGGAGGUUGUUGCCCUUGGUGGACCUCAGGGGCGGCGGCAUGGCUGGGUCGAGCGUGGAGCUAGGUGGGCGUGGCAGCGGUGUGGGCGGCUCACUCGGCCCCGGGAGACGCUCGCGCACGCCCCUCACUGACCUGGACGCGAAGUUCGUCGCCAAGGUAAGUUGGUCCUGCUCUUUUGAAGUUGUUUUUGAAGUUGCUGUUGAAGUUGUGGUGUAGUUUUUUGUGGCUUCGAGGGAUUUUUUUUCGUGUCAUGGUGGCACCUUCGUCCCUUUGAAGCGGUGACUUUUCUAUUUUGUUAUUAUGUGUAAGUCUGUGAAGUACGUUGACUGAUGAAAAACAUUAAAGGUUUUCAGUGACUUCGUGUAUGUACGUUCUGUUAUGCUUCCAUGCCGGUGUGCAUGUAUACAUACAUGCACUUAUAAAUACCGCUGUACAUUUAUA